GCGGAAGUAGUGAAAUCCGUCGGAGCCCUCCGGGCUUGUUUGAAUUUACUACACGAGAAAGCAUGAUUAGUGAUCAACCAACAUGGCCUUUAUGUAAAUGGAUGGAAAAUUUAAGAACGUUCCUUAAAGAGGGAUACUUUAAUUAAGAUGAAGGCGCGUGUCAUCUUCGCCGCUGUGUUUGUGGUUUGUGUUGUCGGCACAGCGGACUCCCGGCGAGUCAAGCGGCGGCUGGACGAGUUCGGUGAGAUGAUUCUCCUCACAACCUCCCGCAACCCCAUGGACUUCAACGGCUACGGAAACUGGUGCGGAUACGGCGGCAGCGGUGACACGGCGGACGCUAUCGACGAAUGCUGCAAGACGCAUGAUACAUGCUACGUGGAUCUGAACCUAAAAGACUGCGAGACGCUGCUCAAGUACCGGAUCUACACCACCGAGUACGAAUGGUCGUAUCGCGAGGGCGAGAUCAUUUGCAACGACAAAGAUCCGUGUGCCAAAAAGCUUUGCGAGUGUGACCGCGCAUGCGCGAAAUGCUUCGGAAAUAACGAGCACGUGUACAGUCCAGCUAAAAAACAUAACGCUCUUCUAUUCGGAUUGAAGCGCCUCAUUCCCACAGGCUGAUCGCACCCUCUUAAUUUGACACGUUUGCUCAAAUAAUCUUUUACACAUAUAUGCAUUACUCAAAGAAGGAAAUAACGAUGUUCAAAAUCUUUGAAAAUAAACAGCAUUUGAAAAGAAGAUGUCCGAUUUUCUUGAUACAUCGUUGCUUAUGAAGUAUUUCUUUGUGUAUUCCGGUAAUCAGAUGUCAGUAACUUGUAAAGAGAAACAUAUUUCAUUUUGUAUUUGUUAUUUAGACAAAAGCUAUUUACACAGUAAAGCAAGUUGACGCGGAAAGCCACUUACAUGAAGCUGGAUGAACAAAAAACAUAUCAUAAUAAUUUCAGUCAACAUUUGCUUUUAAUUUUAAGUAUGCAAUUAUUGAAUUAUUUGUUAUUGGUAUUUAAAGUAUAUUUAUAAUUAUGUACUGAUUAAGAUACAUUGAAUAAA